AUGGAGGAGCUGAGCGAGCCACUCCCUUCCCUUCAUUCAGCGGCGGGGCUCGGCCCUCCCGGGGGAGGGGGAUUAUCCGGGUUUAAACUCGGGAGGUCACGAUGCCCGAGGCGGCGGACGAGGGUUCCUGUCUCCGCCCGGAACUGGAACCGGAACCGGAACCGGAUCCAGAACCGGCGCUACAGCCCCGAGCGCCCGCCCGUGCCCGUCCACAUCGCCGCCAGCAGCAGCUUCGCCCCCGUUCUGCGCGCGCCCUGGAGCGGACCGAGGCAGCCCCGGGAGGAACAGGAGCAGGAGGCCGCCGAAGCCGCGCUCCCAACGGCGCCCGUGGGGACCGAGGUUCCGGGACCGGAACCUGACCUGCCCCGCGACACGAAGCCGCCCCCGCCGCGACCCCGCACCCCGCGGGCGGCGACGCUCGGCCCGGGUUACAGCGCCUCCCGUCGCCCAGGCUCCGCCCCGGCCCAGCCUCCGAGGGACGGCGCGGCGCCCGGCUCCGAGCUGCUGCCCCUGGCGGCCCCCGGCGAGUCGGCGCCCGGCGCGUGGGCGCCCGUGGACCUGCAGAUGGACGUGCGCGUGACGCCCAUGGGCGGUGCCGGCAGCCGCGCCCCCUCGCCUGCGCCAUCCACGCGCUUCCGUCAGGUGCCGCUGCCCGAGGACGCAGAGCUGCAGCCGGGCGCAGACGCGCGAAUGGACAGUUUACCUCCUCCAGAAACUGGAGAAGCAGAACACCUUGCGCCUUCCCCAGUGGAGUCAGGGCUGGGGGUGGCAGUGCUGCUGUGCCCGCCGGGGGAUGUGGCUGAUUCUCUCAAGUCUCCGGCUCACCACCCCCAGGCCUGCCGAUGUAUGUGUAUGGCGUCCCCUCCCCCUGCUCCCCAACAUGGGGCCACCUCUCACCCUGUGCACUUGGAGAACGAGAAUGAGACACCCACUGGGGAGAUGCCACAUGAAGAUGUAGGAGGAAGGUGCCGGCGCUGCCCACAAGGCUGGGCUUGGUCCAGGGAGCACUGCUAUUACCUCUGUUCACGAGCACUGGACUGGGAGGCCAGCCGACUCUGCUCAGGCCACCACGCGGCCCUGCCCUGCCGAGGAACACCCAGUGUGCCCCAUCUGCAAAGAGGACUUUCAGAACUGCUUCAGAAAGCGAUAAGACUCAAAGAUAAUCAAUGCACAAGGUAGAGUGGGAGUUAAGAGUGCAGACCCUGGAAAAGAUCUGAAAAGACACCUUGCUAAGGAAAACAUACAAGAAGCCAGUAAACAUCAGCAAAAACGGUGCAUGGAUAAUUGGAGUACCUCUUCACAAUGGAUUCUACCCAGGUAAAAAAAGCAAAGAACGACUCUUGAUACAGCACACAGGUGAGUCUCAUAAACACUAUGCUCAGGAAGGAAGCCAGACACUGCUUAGGAAUAACUCCACUAGCCCUUUAAGCCCAGCUGAGCUGGGUCUUUGGUUACAGUUAGCUGACAGCAUCUCAGGACAGGAGGGCACUGCAUUUGGGAGCUGAGGAGAGCUAGAGCAGGUUCUGGUGCUGGUGACAGCCUCUGGAUUCCCCUGUCCAGCCUCAUCUGGAGCCUUGCAGGACUGACAGCCCCAAAUGCAAGUCUCAGUGCCUUGCUUUUAGCUAAAUCCUACCAUGAUGAGUGCAAGCUGAGGCUAACCCCCAAGGCAUGCCUGCAACUCCAGAACCUCUGAUAACCUGAGCUUUCUGCUGAACCUAGAGAACACAGGUGGCCCUCACAGCUCAGAAACAUCUGUUGCAGAUUCCAGAGCCCCCAAAGCCCUGACCAUCUGCGGCCCCAGCACUCUCCUGCCUGGUCCUGGUUGGCCUGAGCCAAAAACAAAAAACCUGUCUGCUUGGGCCUCUCCAGCCUCAAGAACCAGCAAAAGAAAGAAAAACACACUGAAAGGAGGCAAUUUUAUAUUACCUUACUUAUACCAUAGGGAAUAUUAUCAAAAGCUAAGACAUAAUUAAAUCAUGUAAACUGCUUUGCUUUUUCACACAUGCAACCCAAAAGAUGCUUUUCAAAAUACUGAUGUCAGCACUGCAGGCUGUAGCAGACCAAAGAUCUCUCUCCAGAGUGGGAUGGCCUGGAGUUGCCAGGAGGCACUCCAGCGGCUCAGAACAGCAGCUGAGGACCAUGUGAAGGGACAUGUUUCAAUAGUUUAUAGCUGGUUUAACCCUAGCACUCAAAUGCACCGGAGAUAUGUUUGAAAACUAUAAUAUUUUCUUAGAGUUCUCAAGUUUAAAAAACCUAUAAACGGCAUGUAGGCGCACGCCUAUGGUCCCAGCCCUCAGAAGGCUGAGGCAGGAGGAUCACUGUGAGUCUGAUGCCAGCCUAAGCUACAUAUAUAGAUAAUAUAUAUUGAGUUCAAGGCCAGCCUAGGCUAUGUAGUGAGGCCGUCUCCAAAAAAAUUUUUAUUCUAAUUAUCAGAAUUUAUUUGAAGGAAAAAACCCCUAACAUCAACGGGCCACUACCUAAAAAUUUCUUUGAAAGAAGUACUUAAAUUGAAUGGUAAGAGUCCAUCCAACACAUACUUGACUGUGGCUCAAUGUGCUGAUGUUGAAAGAUAUUAGACUCAAACCAGGAAUGGUGAUACACACCUAUAAUCCCACAGCACUCUUUGAGGCUGAGACAAGAGGAUAGCCAUCUUAUGGCUAACCUGAACUCAGCAAUUUAGUGACACUGUCUCAAAAUAAAAAACUGGAGAUGUAGCUCUGGGUUCAAUUCCCAAUACUAAAACACAAAACACAUUCAGAAUGGAACUUUGAGGAACAAAAGAGCUUGAAGCCAGGCAUGGUAGUGUGCACCUCUAAUCUCAGUCCUCAGGAGGCUGAGGCAGACUGCAAAUACAAGCCUAGCCUAGGCAACUUAGUGACUUAGGAAGAUCCUACCUCAAAGUAAAAAAAAAAGGGUGAGGGAUGGGCUGGUGAUACAGCUGAGCACAAAGGUCCUAGGCUUAAACCACCACCACCACCAUCAAAAACAAGAUAAAUUAACCUUUGUUUUAGGCCUAGUAAGAGAUUUUUAAAACUUCUUUUAAAAACAAGCUACAGGGCCGGGGAUUUUAGCUCAGUGGUUCCACCACCUGCCUUGCAAGUGAAAGGACCCGAGUUCGAUCUCCAGUACCAAAAAAAUAAAUAAAUAAAAACAAGCUACUGGGCUGGGGAUUUAGCUCAGUGGCACUACACCUGCCUUGCAAGUGCAAGGUCCUGAGUUAAGUCCCGGGUACAAAAAAAAAAGCUACUAAUUGGGCAUAGUGGUAAGCAUCUUUAAUCCCUGCUACUCAGGAAGCCGAGGCAGAAGGAUUGGCAUGUUGGAACCAAACCUGGACUGAUGCCCUAUCUCGGAAUAAAAAAGGGUGGGGAUGUGACGUGGUGCUCCCUGGGUUUGCUCCCCAGUACCACUCACACAGUCUACCUGACAAUGAGACUUUCUGCUUUAGUCUCAGUUGCAGCUGCUGCUACAGCUCAGCAAAGCAGCUCUGGAAAGUGAUAAGUAACAGCAAAAUGAAGGGAACUCUGCUGGAGGUAAAAAUAGCAUGUUUUUUACUCUACAGGGUCAAAGGUUUUUGCAGAUGUGACCAAACUUAGAGUUAUCUUUUCUACUACAGCCACCAGCUAUCACAGAAGUACAAAAUAUUUUUUAUGAGAAAGAUACUUGCUCUUAGGGUUCUUCUAAAUCAAAGUAGCUGUCUCAUAGACUAUUUAAAAUGUAGAUUGCUUAUCCCAAAAUCUAAAUACUAGAAGUACCCAAGCGAAAGAGUUGUGCAAAGAGCCAGAUGAAGUGAUCUGCUGCAGUGCAGAGCCCCAGGACGGUGGUGUGCACGGUGGCUAUCACUCUUGUUGGGGGUAGGGCCAGUCCUGCCCCAAAGUCCCAAAUGCAGUAAGAGCUGGUCACACAGACGUGUGUUACUGUAGUAAGUACUCAAUUCUAACUGUACAAACAAUGAGAAAACAUGACUUAAAAGUGUGCUUUAGAGAUGAUCUAACUAGAUACAUCAUAAACUACAGUGGGUCAGAUCCCAGAUGUCCUUCCUUGCGCCUUCUACCACUGCUAAACCUUUUGAUCGUACAAGGUGCUAAAUUCAAAAUGCCUGUAAGGAUUUGGGACAACAGCAUAGACUACCAAGAACUAAAGAGAUACAAAACAAUUCCUCUGCAACCAAAAAUAGACAAGAGAAGUGGGCCACUGAUGCAGACAGGUCUCUCAGAUGGAACUCUAUAAAUAUGACAGUAAACCUGGUAAUGAGGCCUCAUUUGGUAAACUGGGAACACCAGCGUCCCUUCUGACGUAAACUGAUUCACUUAGAAGGGCACUGGCUUUCUGUUCUCACAUUCACAGAGGCCUAUAUUCCUCUGUCACAUCAAAUCUGUCAAAGAAAUAGCUCUAGAGAGUGAUCUUAAUUACACUUACACUAAUUUUAUACUUUUGGUUCCUCAGAAUUUUUAGACUUAGAAGUGAUACCUACCAACUAUUGUUCUAUCACUAGUGCUCUUUAAUACAGAAACUGCUAGUUUCCUUAUGUUGGUUACAUACUGUUUUUAUUCAGGUUUAUUGAAUAAGAAAACCAAAACAAGAAGAAAGCCCUCAAAUGCUUCUCCAAGUCCAUUCUUUCUCUACAGAGGAGGUUACAGACAGCCCUGAAGUAGCUAGCUGGAAAGUAGUCAGCGAGGCCCAGGUGGAACAACAGUUUAUGUGGACUCUUUCCAAGUCUAUUUCCUUUGGUGCCUUGCAUAGUAAGGGGCUGUUAAGAAUGUGUAAAUAGGCCGGGGAUUUAGCUCAGUGGUUCCGCUGCCUGCCUCGCAAGGACCUGAGUUCAAUCCCGGGUACCAAAAAAAAAAAAGUGUAAAUAAGGACUAAAAGGUAUAAUAGAUAACGUGAAAUAGGAAGAAAAGGGGUGAAGGGGAAGUGGGAGGGGGAGG